AUGCAGUCUUGCGCAGUAUUGGUAGACGUUGAAAAUGUUUCCCAUAAAAGCCUCCAGUGGAUAAUGCCAAUUUUAGACUCGAUGGGAUACAAUGCCAAAACAAGAAAAGCUUAUGGUGACUUCCGGAAGCCAAACUUGGAACCAUGGAACGAAGCGCUAAACAAAUUUACCUUUGAGAAAGUUUCGGUGCCUUCUUUUGCUUCAGGAAAGGGGACAUCAGAUAUGGCGAUGAUCAUUGGUGCUAUGGAUAUUAUGUACAGUCGCUCCAGCAUUGGGUGUUUUGUACUCGUCACAUCGGAUUCGGAUUUCGCUCCACUUGUCGGUCGACUCAAACAAGCCGGAAAAGAACUAUUGGGGUUUGGAGAACGGAAAACAUCUUUAGCGCUUGUGAAAGAGUACAAGAAUUUCUUUUACGUCGAUGCCUUCAAAGACAAAACAAUAGGCACCAUGGUUCCGAAACGCAAGGAAAACCAACAAUUGGUUGAGGUUCCUGAUCGCCCCCCAAAGAAGAAAAACGGCAAGAGGAAGCGUAAUCAAGGCCAGCACUUGACUGGCGUUUCUAAUAUCCUCUCCAAGAAGAAAAAAGCCAAAAGGAAACGCAGUGAAGACCAACCCGUGGCUCAGGUUUCUGAUGUCCUGAAAAAGAAGAAAGAAGCCAAAAGGAAACGCAGCGAAGCCCAACACUUGGCUGAGGUUCCUGAUCUCUGCAAAACGAACAAAAAACAGAAAAUUGUUUCAAAAUGCAAGGAAGAGCAACACUUGGUGAAGGUUCUUGUUGACGUCGUCAAGCAAAAAUCCAACAGGGAUGGAUGGGCAAAUCUCCGUUCCGUCGGUCGCCACUUUGAUUGCAAACGCCGUGGAUGUUCAAAGCUUGGUAAAUUAAUCAAACGAAAUAGGAUUCACUUUCUAUCUGAUGGGAAGAGAGUUAGGGUGAGGGUUCAGGGCCUCAUGCCGGAUGACGAAUUAGACUAA